AUGGCAGGUGCUGGUGAGCGCAAAGGCAAGAAGGAUGACAAUGGCAUCGGGACAGCCAUUGAUUUUGUGCUCUCCAAUGCCCGGCUGGUGCUGGGGGUGGGCGGAGCGGCCAUGCUGGGCAUCGCCACGCUGGCUGUCAAGCGGAUGUACGACCGCGCAAUCAGCGCCCCUACCAGCCCCACCCGCCUGAGCCAUUCAGGGAAAAGGAGCUGGGAGGAACCAAACUGGAUGGGCUCCCCCCGAAUGCUCAACAGGGACAUGAAGGCCGGCCUGAGCCGCUCCCUGCAGGCCCUUCCCACCGAUGCCGCAGCCUUUGAUACAGAUACAUUCUGCCCGCCCCGGCCCAAGCCAUUGGCCAGGAAGGGCCAGGUAGACUUGAAGAAGUCACGACUCCGCAUGUCCCUGCAGGAGAAACUGCUUGCUUACUACCGGACCCGGGCAGCCAUCCCUGCUGGAGAGCAGGCUCGGGCCAAGCAAGCUGCCGUGGACAUAUGCGCCGAGCUGCGGAGCUUCCUUCGGGCCAAGCUGCCUGACAUGCCACUUCGGGACAUGUACCUGAGUGGCAGCCUCUAUGAUGACCUGCAGGUGGUGACCGCUGACCACAUCCAGCUCAUCGUGCCGCUCGUGCUGGAGCAGAACCUGUGGUCCUGCAUCCCUGGCGAGGACACCAUCAUGAACGUCCCUGGUUUCUUUCUAGUUCGUCGUGAGAACCCCGAGUACUUUCCUCGUGGGAGCAGUUACUGGGACCGCUGUGUCGUGGGGGGCUACCUCUCUCCAAAGACAGUGGCUGACACCUUUGAGAAGGUCGUGGCCGGUUCCAUCAACUGGCCGGCCAUCGGCUCGCUCUUGGACUACGUGAUCCGACCAGCACCGCCCCCAGAGGCCCUGACGCUAGAAGUGCAGUAUGAACGGGACAAGCAUCUGGUCAUUGACUUCCUGCCCUCGGUGACCCUGGGGGACACCGUCUUGGUGGCAAGGCCACACCGGCUAGCUCAGUACGAUAACCUGUGGCGGCUGAGCCUGCGCCCCGCGGAGACGGCACGCCUGCGGGCCUUGGACCAGGCCGACUCGGGCUGCCGGUCUCUGUGCCUCAAGAUCCUCAAGGCCAUAUGCAAGUCCACUCCAGCUCUGGGCCACCUCACUGCCAGCCAGCUGACCAACGUCAUCCUCCACCUGGCCCAGGAGGAGGCUGACUGGUCCCCAGACAUGCUGGCCGACCGCUUUCUGCAGGCCCUGAGGGGACUCAUUAGCUACUUGGAGGCCGGAGUCCUGCCCAGCGCACUGAACCCAAAGGUGAACUUGUUGGCAGAGCUCACCCCUGAAGAGAUAGAUGAGCUGGGGUACACGCUGUACUGCUCGCUCUCGGAGCCCGAGGUGCUGCUGCAGACGUAGGGCAGGCGAAGGCCAGCGCGGCGUUGGGUGGUCAGGUCUGUGUUAGAAACACUUGGCUGCAUGGUCGGUGCCUCGCAGGUCCCCAGGUGCCUCCUGUCUGCUGGUCACCGUCCUGGUCCCCUCAUGCCGGCUGCUGAGAAUGGCAUCUCUUCAUCUCCCGUUUUCUCACUCACCCUUUUCUAUUUUUGUUACCAAGCACUGUGCCCCUCCCGCCCCCCCCCCCCCACCCCCAUGGACGGCAGCGCUCCAGCCUGAGCUGUGGAGAGGGCGUGGAGGUUGGUGUCAGGCCCCGCUUUCCUGCUUCUGUGUGCUCUGCCCUUGUGCAUCUUCCUGUUCCGUGUCUCCCCAUUGUUUCCCUCCCGUUCUCUUUGUGUUCUGCCUUUUUGUCCGCAGCAUAUCUGCCCAAUCAACACGUUGCCUUUUAGUUGAACAUCAUGGAAGAGCCAUGAUUGUCUGUUUGCAAGCUGAACUCUGCAGCAGAUGCUGAGGCAGGCAGUAUUGAGGGUUUCUGGGGCUGAGGUUGGAGGAAAAGCCCGGCUCCUGGACAACACACCUGUUGUGUCCCUCUGAGCACCCACCUCAGGGGGUGGGAGGGCUCUGCAGCCCCACACCAGAAACUGGAUAUGGAGCUGUUUGGGGGUGGUUUCUUAGCAGCCGACAGUGAGCUCAGGUGAGGUGUGGGUGUGGAGCUGCUCGGAGAGCCGCAUGCCCACUUCUGCAUCUCCUUUGUGGGCCCUGGCACCAGCCUAAGGGAGGGGAGGGGCUGCCUGCACCCGACUUCCCGAUGCUGGCCCCACCCCUUCCCUUUAUUGCCAAUUGGACCAGGCCGUGCAGGAACAGCGCCUUAGUGGUAGAGGCUGCAGGCUGUCAGCUGGAGGGCCCAGUGGCCAGUUGGGGCUCAGUGACCCUGUUUUCUCCCCCUACAGGCCCUGCCUUUCUAAGAUGUUGCCUUACAGCAAGAACAUGCCCUGGGCCAAGCCCUCCCUCUCCCAUGUCCAGCUCAGCAAAGGCAGAGCUCAGCGGGCCCCUCGAAGGGCAGGUGAACACGGCCAGGCCUCACCCCCUUGUCCUCUCUCUGGCCACCGGGACGGUUGGUGCUACUUGGGAAGAGAGCACACGUAAACACGGGAGGGAGGCGGGCACUUCCCACGCCCCGUCUUAUUUUCCGCUGCUAAAAUUGCACUAUUUAUGGUAAUUAAAUGUGUCCUGGGUGGGGAAAAGUGUUGACUACACCACG